UUUUCUGGAAUAUGAAAACUACUUUAAAUUACAAAAUAAAAUUAAUUUAUCUACAAAUAUUUAGAAAUGAGCAAUAUUUUGAGUUGUCACCAAUAAUAUUUUUAAUCGGGCUCACACUGAAAUUGAAAGUAGAAAUCGAAAAAGGGAAAAGUACAGAAGCACGUUUUUCAAAAAUUGUUGUUGACAACAUUUACAAAAUGGAAACAGUACGUUUACCACAGAAGAAGUACUACAGACAAAGAGCUCAUGCAAAUCCCAUGACAGACCACAGUUUUGAUGUCCCAGUGAAGCCAGAAGACAUGGAGUGGAGUGAACAUUACCCAGACUUCUUCAGUUCUGGUCAAAAGAUCACAGAAUGCAAUCACAGAGUGCAGUUUGCAGACAUUGGCUGUGGUUAUGGAGGCUUGUUAGAUUUACGCCCUCAGACGAAUCUGUCAGAACCAACAAAAGUGGGCAUUUAUGUUUAUUUAAUAUCACUGAACAAUUUAGAUGAAAUAUCCGGAAUACUGUCAGUGGUAGCCGCCUUCAGACUGGAAUGGAAUGAUUUUCGCCUUAAGUGGUCGCCGAGUACCUACGGAGGACUGGACAACUUGCCAAUUCCUGUCAAAAAGAUUUGGGCCCCAAGGCUGUUUCUGAUAGACCCUGCUAAUGAGAUGGAAGCUAUCGGAGAUGGCGACUUUCUUGGAAGGAUGUAUUCUGAUGGCACCAUGUCAUGGGUGCCAGGUGGACUACUUACUUCCCUUUGUAGCAUUGAUAUGUUCAGGUUUCCGUUCGAUACACAGGAAUGCUCGCUUAAUUUUAUGCUCUGGGGAUAUAUCCCUACAGAAGCUGUCUUGCAUCCCUGGAAUAAUGUCACUAAAAUAGACACUUCUUUCUACAACGAAAAUGGCCAGUGGGAUUUGAAGAAGACUCACGUGGCCCGGGCAGCUCUUGAACAACACCAGACUCUGGUACGAAUCACAUUGACUCUGCAAAGAAAGUCUCUGUAUUUCAUUCUCAACAUGUUGGCUCCAAUUCUUCUCCUAUCCUUUCUGAAUCCAUUGGUAUUUGUUUUACCUAUGGAUAGCGGAGAACGCAUUUCCUAUGCAAUUACGAUUUUCUUAUCUUUUGCUGUAUUUAUGACUUUACUCAGUGACAACAUGCCAAAAUCAUCAGAACCUAUGGCUCUUCUGUCAUACUUCUUGAUUUUUACGAUGUGUUUGAGCACACUCAUGACUAUUUUAACAAUAUUCACCAUGUGUCUUCAUUUAAAAGAACCAGAAGCAAAAGUUUCCAGAACAUUGCUGAAUGUUUUAAAACUUCUUCAACUCCGGUUUAUAUUUAAUUGCUGUAAGAAGAAAAAAUCAGGAUCUGCUAUGAUUGGUGCAGAAAAUGAAGUCAAAGAUGUAGUGUUUGUGAAGACUUGUGUAGGGACUAAUAAACUGGAAAACGGAGAAAGUAAUGAAUAUGACAAUGUUACGACUUAUAAAAGUGUGGCGCGUUCCUAUGAUAGAGUAUUAAUGUACUACUUCUAUUUCUUGACUUUCUUUUUCUGGAUAUCAUACACUAUUUCGGUUAGAUUUUGAUGGCAGUUUCCUAGAAUUGU